AUGGACCAACGAUACACAGUUUCGACAGAGCUGAAUUCAAAGAAAAUAAAUGUCAAAGGUUUUGAGAUAAACUACAUUCAAGUUGGGAACGGACCACAUAAAUUGUUGAUAUUUCCUGGAGUACUGGGUCUAAUUAGUCAAUUUGGACCGCUGACGGAAAACCUCGAUGAUAAAAAAUAUACUAUAUACGUAUGGGAACCUCCAGGUUACGGUUUAAGUCGACCACCGAACAGAGAUUUUUCACCUGGAUAUUUAGAUCGCGAUGCAGAUUUGGCCAUUGCGCUUAUGGAGGCGUUAGGUAUCGAGAGGUAUUCGAUGUUGGGCUGGUGCAACGGCGGGUGCACCGCGAUGAUCGCAGCGUCCAGGGCCGCAGAUCGAGUCAACAGGCUGGUGGUGUGGAGCUGCAACGCUUACGUCACGGCUAAAGACCUCGAAAUCUACGAGACGACACGCGACGUCUAUGGCUGGCCCGAAGUGAGGAGAAUUACGCAAUUCAAAGCGUACGGUGAGAAGUACGUGACGGACACUUGGACCGGAUGGAUAGACUCGUUCCAGAAAAUUCUCGACGAGCACGACGGUGACGUGUGCCGCGGCUCACUGGCCAAGAUAAACGCGCCCACGCUCAUCGUGCACGGUGCAAAAGAUGAAUUCAUACCGGUCGAGCACGGUGUAUAUCUGCAUGAAAACAUAAAGCGAUCGACACUUGAAAUAAUUCCAGAAGGCCGGCAUAUCGUACAUAUUAUGUACCCUGAAAAGUUUGUUUCGAUAGUGGAUAAAUUCCUUUCUUCUAUGCAGUAG